GUACCACUCAAGGUAAUACAAGUCUGGGUGACUGAAGCAAAGGCCUUGAAGCUUGUGUUUAAAGUCACUUUAAAUAAAAGCAAUCAACAAGCUCUCAGCCAAAUCUUAAAAGAACAAAACCAUGCUCUGGUUGAGGUAUUUCUGGAGGAUUUUUGUAAUCUGUCAAAUCUUCAUCUAAAUAUUCAUUUACCUGAUGAUGCAAAAAAUUUUGCAACUCUUGUCAACACAUCAGUGGGCAUAAAAGAAAUGGUUCAUCACAUUUUUAAGGGGAUGAUACUUGGUAAUGAUCCACAUUUCCCAGGUGGAAACUGGAUAACACAAGUACCAGCAAAAAAAUGCUUGAACAAAUUACUGUCUGGCUGGUAUGCAAUCAAGACACCAUCACUGGAAGAAGAAAAUAAUGUGGAUAUUGAAGGAACAUCCCAUGCCAUUUUGCGUGAUCCUCAUUUUGUCAAUAUAAAGUCACACAAAAAAUGGAACACUUCACAAAUUGAUGCUGCAGGAUUUUCAAAAAGAUUUGAUAUUGAUAAUCCUCUGUAUAGAGACUUUUCUGCUGCAUAUUCAGAUUAUAUGGAAAUGACAGCAGCAGUGAUAAACAAAGGUCUCGAAUUCUAUGAUCACAUUUCAUAUGAUGUACUGGACAAUGAGGAAGUUGAGGCUAAUGUGCACUUGCAUGUUGGAGAUGUAGUUGAUAUAAAAGAAGAGGAAGAGGAAAAUUCUUUUGCGAUAAUUAGAGCAAUUGUUUUCCACAAGGCCAAUAAUGUAAACAUGUAUAUAUUUUUGGUUAUUGACUGGUUUCAAGUGAUUAGUGGCAAAGACAAACUGCUGAACUGUUUGUACUAUAUGCUGCAGAAGCCAGAAGAAAUGCACUGGUGA